AUUGUUGGUUGAUUGAGAAACCAACGUGAACUUGAAGUAAGAUAAGUCAACCAAACUCUAUUAGCGUGGUUAGUUUUUUACUCAUUUACGUUUUAUGGCUGAUAACUAUGUUUAUGGUAGUCAAGGCUUUGUGAAGUUUGUCUGGUCCAGUUCUUCCACCACCCUUCUUUUGAUUCCACGUUCAUAACUGAAUGUGUUAAUUAGUCAGUGAUGCUUGAAGUGUGAAUUAAGGUAAAAACUUCAAUAUUUCUUGCGAAAUGACAACCAUCCUAUGAAGCAUAAAGCAAAUUGCUUAGAAGCAUCCUUUCACACAACCCAUUUCUGCUUACUAGCUCUUGGAGUAGAUCUAGGUGUGCUGGGCCGGAUGGCAGGUUUUGACUAAGUAAAAGCUUCAGAAUAGUAGAAUGUGGUGGUAAGCCUUUGCUGGCCAGCACUCUGUGGACUAAGCCCGUUAUGAUUCUGAACUUGAAGAGAAGAAAUUACAUUUGGUGUGUGGAAAUGGUGAAUCAGUUGAUCAGGAAAGGAUGAUGGCUUUUUCACUUGUGUAGUUUAGUGUAUUCUUGGUUGGGAGUUUAAUUUGCCUGCAGUAGUAUUGUUGGAGGGUUUUGGCUCAGAAAAUUAAACUUAUUUCCUGCUGUUGAAUCAUCCAUGUAAUUUUCUUGAUCAUGCCAGCAGUAUGCAUCUGUUCUGUAUGUGUUGAUAGAAGCUGAAAUGGUCAUAUCAAAUGUUAUCUGUUCUGUAUCUGUUCUUUCUUGCCUUAUUCUCGGUGGACUGUUUCUGUAAAAUUUAUGAAGUUCUUAAACCUGAGUAAAUGUCUUGUUUAAAUGAACUUCUUAUGCCAAUGUACUAGAGAACACUCUUGCUUGUUUUGUGUCUCUUAUUUUCUUUUGGCUUACACAAAGAGAAAAUGUAGGUUUCUGUUUUAUUUAUUAACUCUUGAUUGCAAGAUACCCUUAUGAGCUGAUAGAUAUGUACUAGUUAAGGUUAUUCCCAUCUUAAGGCAUCAGGAACUUUCCAGUCCAACUCUUCGAAAACUUGUUUUUAUGAUAUCAUGAGCUGAGCUCUGAGGGUAUAGUAUGUUAGAUACGGGUGACAAAGGUAACUGAGACUAGAUAUUUCAACUAUAUUGAUACUAGGUAUUGAAACUAUGGACUCUCUUCUGAUAAAGAAUCUCUAUCAAUAUACCAUUGUCAGUUUCCUUUAUACCUGAAGUUGAUGUCCGUCCUAAUACUGUGUAGUGUUCUCUAUGCAUAUUCUAAAUCGUUUCUUACAGCUUGAGUAUGCUCAUGUGUGGGGUUGAAGAAACUUUGUUUCUUAACUUGGCGAUGGUUAAGGUUCUUCAGUUGCAAAAAUUGGAGUUUUGGUCUUGAAAUGUGACUAUAAAACUGAAAAUAGAUGGGUGACUCGUUUUCAGCAACCAUUUGGGUUAGCUGGACUCCAAGGUUGAAGAUUUGUGUAAUCAUGGGGCACAGACAUUUUCCUGGCUCUUUCCAAUUUUUCGAUGAUGAACAGGAUCAAGGCUGGAACCAUAUACACCCAGAGCACCCAUAUACGAGUUUAGCAAGAACUGGGACCAGUGAGAGCAGAUCGCAUGUUAAUCCAGCAGGAAACGUGUUGAAUGAAGGAAUGCCAUUUUCUUCGCACUGGAACUCUUCUACAGGACCAAAUGCGUAUACUGCUUCAGGUCAUGGUGUAGAGAGGCUACACUACAAUCCAGGGACUAGCGGCCCCACCCAUGUUCCUGUCAUGAGUUCAGCAGCUGCAACUUUCUCUGCUCCACUUGAACAUUAUGUGACAUCUGCAUCUUCUUCGUACUGCAACAGUCAGACAUGGUCAUUGGAUGGCUAUGUUGAUCUACAUAUGGAAAAUGUGAGAGGAGCACAGAAGCGGAAAACCCCAUGCGAUUCUUCCGUCUAUGAAAUGGGUAGUUCAAGCCAUUACCACGGUGGCAGAACUUCCUCAGAUAUCCCUUUCUCCUCGGAGUUGGACAUGGGAAAAUCAACAACUCGUGAUCAUGAUCCUCAUUACAUGCCGUGGCUCAUGAACCCAAGUUACAGAAGUAAUAAUCUCUCGAUCAGGGGAGAGAGUUCUUCAAGGAAUGUCCGGAGUCGUCCUACACUUGAUUUAGAGACUAGUGUAGAUAGAAAUAUUUUUUCAAGAAGCUUGGACCUUGAUUCUCAUCCUACACAUCACAAUGUUGAGCACUCUAGCUCAGAUCAGUUUCCUGGUCAAACAUCUCACAGGAAUAAGGACUGGAACUGGAACUUUCCUAGACACUCCCCAGUACCUAGAGAUUUAAAUGGCUUUAGUCCAAAGACAAAUAAUUUUCUUCCCACGAGAAGUGUCGUCAACAGCACAUCUGUUGAUACCUCUUGGUAUCACCAAGGGCUAAUCGGAAACAGAAACUCUACAGUUUCCCACGGUUUUCCUGGAACUUCAACACAAUCUGCAACUAGCUCCCGCUUCUCUCAUAGGUCAACACCCACCUAUAGAUCUUCUUCAAACGCUUUGCGAUUGGAACAUUCAGCAUAUUCUUCUGGAGAUAGGUCUCCUUUUGUCACUGAGACAUAUCCUUCUAGGCAUCUGAGGCCACCACCACACAUCUCAUGGCGUAGCAGUGAUCGCCCAGGGAGACGCAGGAGUUCCUAUGAGAGGUUUCAGCCUCCUUUCGAUGAAGUGGCUCUCCAUGAACCAUUUUCAUCUCAGGGAUUUAUGGCUGUAGAUCACCAACAGCACUAUGGAUCCAGGAAUAUGCAUGAUCACCACAGAGACUUGAGGCUCGACAUCGAUGACAUGACCUACGAGGACCUUAUUGAUCUUGUUGAAAGGAUUGGGAGUGUGAACACUGGUCUAUCCAACGGCGCAAUCUCCAGUUGCUUGUUGGAGACGAUAUUCUACCCAUUGUAUCAAACGGAUGAGGAAAGAAAAUGUGCAAUCUGCCUGGCGGAAUACAAGGAAGGAGAAGAGUUGGGGGAACUUAAAGGGUGUGGUCAUGACUACCAUGGAGGGUGCAUAAAGAAAUGGCUGUCUUUGAAGAACUCUUGCCCUAUCUGCAAAUCACCUGCUUUUACCUGAUGCUUCUAAGAACCCAUAUGAUAAACUAUACAUAUAUAAUUCAUUUCUCUUUUGUUUAAAGGGAAAAUAUGUGAUAGACUAUAACAUUUUAAGUUGUAAAUAGAAGGAAGUUAAUAUCUGUUAUUUGGUGAGUAGAAAAAAAGAAAAGAAAAGAGAAUGCUUCUUCUU